AUGGAUUUAUUAACAAUCAACAGUUUAUCGUUGAUGGGCCUUGCCGUAUUGGGCCUAUUUCUGCGCUACCUAACAACAAUUUUAGAAUUUAUCCGUUUGAUAAAAUGGUCAUCAACCGUGCCAGGACCAUCAAUUGGUGAACUAAUGGAAAAUGCGAAAAAAGGACGUAAGUGUUGCCAAGCGCCGCUGUUAGUAUAUAAAUUUUUGAGAAUCUGCCACAUCCUACACACAAAGGCCUUCUCGUUUUGGCAACGCACCAACCCCUUCUUCAAAUACACCGAGCCGGGACGUGAACGUGAUGCUUGCCUUAGGAUACUACACGACGAGACGAAUCGUGUCAUCAAACUACGACGCAAAAUGCUCGAAGAUGCCAAGAUACAAAAGAUGGCCGACACGGAAAAUCUGCUCGACAAUAUUGGAAAGAAAAAACGUUUUGCCUUCCUCGAUAUGUUGUUGAUAUCCCAAAUGGAGGGGGUGGAUCUGACAGAUCGUGAAAUACGCGAAGAGGUUGAUACCUUUAUGUUUGAGGGUCACGACACAACAAGUUCGGCAAUUGGUUUUGCCAUCUAUCUGCUGUCACAGCAUCCCGAGGUACAGCAGGAGGCCUAUGAGGAAUGUAUGAUUUUGGAGGGCAAUGAGAAGGAGAAUAUGCCAUAUUUGGAAGCGGUAAUCAAGGAGACGCUGCGUUUAUAUCCCUCGGUGCCGACAUAUGCUCGCUACAUUACCGAAGAUCUGCAAGUUGGCAAAUUAACCUUGCCCAAGGGUUCGAAUAUCAGUAUUAUGACUUAUUUGACACAACGUGAUGAAAGAUAUUUCCCCGAACCGGAGAAGUUUGAUCCCCAAAGAUUUUUGCAAAAGGACAAGGAACAACAUCCCUUCAGUUUUGUGGCAUUUAGUGCGGGGCCACGUAAUUGUAUUGGUCAAAAGUUUGCCAUGUUGGAGCUGAAAUGUUCCCUGUCAUACCUCCUGCGCAAUUUCGAAUUUUUACCAGUCAAAGACUUCAAACCCAAUGCCUUGCCCGAAUUAGUUACGAAAAGUGGAAAUGGUAUCAAAAUUAGGAUAAAAUCCCGUGGCAAUUGAUUUUUUUAGCUUUUAAUUAGGCGUAAUUUUAAGU